GACCGGAAAGGAGGCGGGGCCGUGGCGGCGCGCGCCCCCGGAACGUGCGCACCGCAGGCGGCGCGGAUCGCUGGGAGCGGGUCCGCCUCCUGACCGGGAGCCGGGCUAAGCGUGUAGCGCCAGGGCUCGCGGGAGACGGUCGCGAUGAACACGGUGCUGUCACGGGCGAACUCGCUGUUCGCCUUCUCGCUGAGCGUGAUGGCGGCGCUCACCUUCGGCUGCUUCAUCACCACCGCCUUCAAAGACAGGAGCGUCCCGGUGCGGCUACACGUCUCGCGGAUCAUGCUAAAAAAUGUGGAAGACUUCACUGGACCUAGAGAAAGAAGUGAUCUGGGAUUCAUUACAUUUGAUAUAACUGCUGAUCUUGAGAAUAUAUUUGAUUGGAAUGUGAAGCAGUUAUUUCUUUAUUUAUCAGCUGAAUAUUCAACAAAAAAUAAUGCUCUGAACCAGGUUGUCCUCUGGGACAAGAUUGUUCUGCGAGGUGAUAACCCGAAGCUGCUGUUGAAAGAUAUGAAAACAAAGUAUUUUUUCUUUGAUGAUGGAAAUGGUCUCAAGGGAAACAGGAAUGUCACUUUGACCCUAUCUUGGAAUGUUGUACCAAAUGCUGGAAUUCUACCUCUUGUGACAGGAUCAGGACAUGUGUCUGUUCCAUUUCCAGAUACAUAUGAAAUAACGAAGAGUUAUUAAAUUAUUCUGAAUUUGAAACAAAAUAUUUUUAUACUUAAUGAAUUGUGUCUCAUUUGUCUCUUCCCUUGCAUCUUCAUUUGUUUUCAUUUGUUUUUGCUUGUUACUUUUUCUUCUUCUUUUUUUUUUUUCUUGGUGUAAGAACUAACAUCAAAAGGCAUAUUUGAAGAAAAAGGUUAGUGCGCUACUUAAACCAAAUUUUCCAAACAAAGCCACUAAGAGUGGAGCAUUAUGAGACUAAGGCAACUACAUAAUAACUAUAUGUUAAAAAAAAAAAGUUGGACUAUUCCCUCUAUUUCCAUUAUUAUUUAUGGGAAUUUAUGGAAAUUAAAGUGAGCAUGAAGGGUGGUUAAACUUCCAGGUGCCUGUAGAGUCAUAAGAACUCUGUUUUAUGCCUUGCGUUCAUGCAAGUUCACAUUGGAUGUGAUUUAGAAGUAGACAUUUUCUUUCUGUCUCUUAGAUUACUGAAAGAAUUAAUAUGGUUAUUUGUUAGAAGCCUGGUUUACAAAAAAAAGCCAAAAGUAAUGGAAUUUUAUUCCACUUGUCUUUAGAAUGCCCAUGACACUUGUUUUUCUUACAGGUGACUAGUAAUUUUUUUCACUUAAAGACUAAAUACCUCUUUAUAUUUAGCUAUAAAACAUUCUAACUCAUUUUAAAUCUCUUAGGUUAACCAAAUGUGUGUCUUUCAGUGCUUUCUCUAAAAACAUUCCAUUGUAUUAUAUCUGUAUAAUUUUUUUUUAGCAUUGCCAUUGAAAGUUGAAAAUGUUUGCAUGGUUUACCCUCAGAGUUUAAGUUUGUUCUAGUGAGCAUGCCUAGUGCCACUAAGUGCUAGUUAUUUACACUUUUUUUUAGGUCCACACUUUAAUAACUGUUGGGGUAAUAAUAAUUACCAGUAUUUGUGGUGUGCUUUUCUAUUUACAAAGCACUCGUGUAUUUUCUUGUAUUCUAUCCUCAGUCAAAUGAGAUAAGUAGUACAAGUGUUAGCUUUUUGCAGAUGAAGAAAGUGAAACCCAGAAGUUUAUUGAGUUUCUACAAGGUUAUAUAGCUAGCAAAAAAAUGGGAGUUAAAACUUGAACCAGAUAUUCUGAUUCUAUAAGCUUACCUUUUUAUAAUACCUCAGAAUACAGACUAGUAAAAUUUCACUUUUAAUUUCCAUAGUAUGCUUGGUUAUCCUGAAGCUUCCAAUAACUCAUAUAAUAGGGAUAUCUUAUUUAUUUCUCUGCGUAAAUUCACUUUACAUACAUAAAAUGUAUGAGAAAAAUCUGAAUGUAAUUAAAAUAAUUUAGAAAUUAAACACAAUACAUUCUUGAAUAUAUAAUCAUAUUUAACUUUUUUUUUUUUUGCAGUGGACAAAGAAAUAUACUUAAAGGUAGCAACUUCAAAUCAGUUACCCUCAAGAGCAAAACUAAAUACUAUGGUUACACUGUUAGUAGUAACCAAAAGGGCUAAUAUUUUCUAAGAAUAGUUUAAAUUAAUUGCUAGCAAUUGUUCCAUUUAUCUCAUAUGAAAAUCAUCACUAUUUAAUUAUAUUAAUUUUAAUAGUUAUUAUAUGUAAUUGUAUAGUUCAUAUAAAAGCAUGUAGAUAAGACUUUUUCAAACUAGCAGGAAAGUCAAAGAAUAUCAUGGCUACCAGCCUUUUUAUUAAGCUUUUUAGGGUCUUAGUUUUUUUUAAUCUGUAAAUUGGCAGAAUUGAACUAGUUAACUUAAGUGGUGGUCCUUUUACUAUACACCUAUAAAAUUUGUUUUAGCUGUUUGGCAAAGAGAUGGAACAGGAAAAGCACCUUGGUAAUGGGAGGUCAGGAAGAUAUUCAUACUGGUCAAACUUUAUAUUAGAUUUUACACUAGAAAGUUUAUUUGAUACAGAUACAUAGGCAUGGAAACUCAAAAUCUGCAGGUGUCAGUGCUUAUAAAUUGGGUUUGUUCUCGGAGUUUGGUGAGAAAAAAAGAGAGGCCCAACUAGUACAAUGUGGAUGAAGUUUUGUUUUUAUCUAACGGAAACUACUCAGGACAGUGUUCCAACAUGAAAGAAGGAACCUGUGUCUCAGGAACUCAUUUUUGAGUUUGCACAGCUUUAUUAGUUCAUCUAAUUCUACAUUCAAAAAAAUAAAGUUGUGUUCAGUUUGGUACCCAUUUUCUUUGGUCUUGACAUUUUAAAGGUAGCUCAUAAAGUCUGUACAAAGACACAAUGCUUCAGAAUUCUGAAAAUCUUAAGUGUGAUUAGAAAAGUGGACACAGAGAUGAUUGUGAGAAAAGCAACUGCAAGACACUUACUUGAAGUAAUUACAGUUAGGAUGAAUUAAUUUUAAAAUCUUGGGUUCAUUAUACCUUUUUCUCUGGCAGUUUGACCUAGAAUAAAUGACAUUACCAGUGUUUUUAUAUUCCCCUAAUUGAUUAUAAUUUUGUGCUUAAAAAGAACAUAACAAAAAGCUUCAGAAAUUCUUAAUAUAAGAGGACAGUGUUCUAUUUUAAAUUUCUUUUCUUGAAAUCACAGCUCUUUGGUGGGUCUAAUCAGCAAAUUAAUAGCUGUAAGAGAUGAGCUUUAAAGUGAUAAUGAACUUCUUUUCUUUUUCUUGCUAUUUUCUGUCUAAAGCUAGAAAUCUAAAGCUUUGAGUCUUUGAGAUAUAGGCUAACAUAACAGAGGUAUUUUGUAAUGGUUUGAAUUGGCCUGAAAUGGGUUUGUGGGGGUGGAACAUAAGCUGGGAACUUUGGUAAUAAGCACCUUCAUAAGAAAUUCAUGAAAAUACUGAAUAUACAUUUGAGGAUUUUCUUAAUUGCAAUAAAAACUCAGCCUUUUUUCUAAUGAAAGUGAAUUUUGUUUACAAGUAAAAGUAUGCAUUUUAAAAGACUUUCAGAUUUAUGCUUUUAUGUGAAGAAGUUACUGGAAAAAACCAAGUAUUGUCAACUGAACAGUUUUAUUUUUUUCUAGUGGGAGUGGGUGGUGGGAGGUGAACUGCGCCUAAAAUACCUUCUCCAGAGACUGUAUGCUCCUGUUCUAGACUGUAAGCUCUGUGAGGGCAGUCUGUCAGAUUUUCCUUUGUUUAUUCCCUAGCACCUAGCUGGUGCCUCACACAUGAUGGGCACCCAAUAAAUAUUGAUGAUGAAUGGA